AUUUGAGAGGUAUCAUGAAUUAUGUAUUAAAUGAUUUUUUCCCUGUAUUAGAGAGAUACAAUGAUGAUAACUAGAUCUUUGAUUCAGAUGAGACAAAUUCAAUAGAAACUAUGUGUUCACCUUUUGUGGGUGUGAAAUAACAUAUAAAUCAGUCAAGGAAAGCAUAGUUACUAUAUAGAUAAUGAUAUUUGAAUUGAGGCUUUGGAGUUGGCUGGUUAUAACGCUGAAUGGUUUAGAAACUAAUUAACGAGUAUUCAAAUUGAAGCAAAAUCAACUUUGUUUGAGACAUAUUGUGAAAAGAGCAGCUGCUGUGAGAUGUGAUAAUUUCUAUAUUUAUGUGAAGUCUCAGGUGAAUUUUGCCGAUUCACAAGACUAAAAGAAACAUCGAGGGGAAUGAGACUUUUGUCAUUCAAGAAGAUUAACAAUGAUGAUAACCCAUGUGAUUGGAGAUCUCAUGAAUUAGGUUCAUAUGGGUAAUAACAAGUCAUUAAUUGAUCAAAAGUGCACUAUUAAAUUAUGCCUCUUCCUAUGGUGUGUGAAUAUAGUGCAAAACUGCAAGGCAAAGUGAGGUUGAGCUAUAAACUCUUAAUCCAUUAUCAUAUCAUUUAUAGGUGGUGUACUGCUCUGCAGAAUACACUUGAUGGGUGGACCUAUAUGAGUGUGAAGUGGUGCCGCUCUUAUGAAAUUGUGACUGAUUUCUAGAGCACUCAGGAAUACCAGGACACACGCAUGACCUCUUAGGACAAAACCGCGAUAACGACAAAGAUUGUGCGAGUAUAAUGUGAUAAAAUAAGAACCUGAGCUUACAAAAGAGUUCUUGGUUCAUAGAAGUUUCAAACUUCACCAAUUAUUUUGUAAGUUUAAUCUUAUUUUAUCUAGGUCUGGUUCAUAGUCUACGCGACAUCAGAUUCUACGCAUUGUAUUCAUAUGUGAAAACUCAGCAAAACUUCUUAUUUUAUUCUAUUUCUUAAUAUUCUUUUUGAGAUAUGUGGGGGAUUGUUGAGAAAAUAUUAUCUAAUAUCUCAAAAAGAAUUAUUUUGUGCAAGGCAAUUAUUUUCACUCCUUCAAUAGACCACCAUUAUUUCUCAUUCAAUUCUUUGAACGUUUAAUUUGACCAAAUGCAACAGAAUAGUAUCCACUAUUAAUUGCCUUUAAUAUUCUUAAUUGUCUUUUGCCUUUACUCCUUAUUGGCAUUUAAAUGAUUUUGUCUGUUGGAUAUAUUUUCCCGUUGGACUACUACUAUACAUAUUGGGAAGUCUUCUUCCACACAAGGACGGUGGUAAAAAGAACCAUAUUCCUUCUUCUUCUCAUUUUCUUUUGCUGAGUUUUCUACAUUGUGACAUUUUUGUUAAAUUCUGGCUCCUAGUUUAAUAUUAGAAGAGCUUGUUGAAUUCUGGGAUACACCCAUUCCGGGUGAAAUAUCCUUAAGGACAGUGUCUUAAUUGACAUUCCUCAAGCUUUCAAGAAUUUCCUGCAAGGUUCGUGAUCAAGUAUUUUCCGACAAGAUUCGUGAUCAAGUAUUUUCCGUAAGAUUUCCAACAGGAAGUUGGUCACAAGAACUUUCAGCUUUUAUCAAUUGUAUAAAACUGUUGAAAAUUCUCAAAUGAUUGAUCGGACUCAGAUUUUAUUGGUAAUAUUCUUGCUAUAAUUAUAACCAUAAGCAUUCACGUUGCCCGUUGAACAAUAGACCUUAUUGCAUCUAUAGACUUCAGGUUAAGAAAUAGGAGAUUGGCCUUUCAUGUUACCCUCUCCUUUUGAGAAUGAUAGAGGGGUGGAUCAAUUAUCCAUCGAGUAUUGAACUGUUUGCCAAUAGGUCUAGCACUAUUAUAAAAAAAAAAGUAUUACCUUUUUUUUUUCCUUUAAUUUUGUAAAGAACAAUUAUAAUAAAGUGCAGUGGUUCAUCUAUUAAAUGUUCAAAUGAUUUACAACAACAACUAGCCAAUGGAUCCUGGCUUGAUAGCCUUGCACGCUAAUUCAUCUUAUGUUGUUUAUUAGGAAAGCACAUGAGUGCAGCUUCCACCCUAAACAACGCAAAAUUGAAGUUACUUGAGAGAGAAACAAAUACGUUGACUUGAAUAACCUUUAUUUAUUGUUGAAGUAUGAGCUCUUUAUUAAGUUCAUAGUGAUUCAGUUGACUUCAUCGCCAUCAUUUUUCCCGUAAAAAGCCUCAAACAAGCUGUAACCAUUUUCCCCGUAAAAUGCAAAUGUUCUUCCUCAUUUUUUUCUUCCUAAUCAGCCAGUCUUUCCAAGAAAAUUUACAAUUUUCAAGCGCGGAACAGUCCGUAUUGCUAAAAUUGAAACAACACUGGAGCAGUUCGGAGUUUCUCCAAUCAUGGAAUUUAAAUUCUUCAGCAUGCAAUUGGUCAGGAGUUUCUUGCAUCGAUGACAAGGUAGUGACAGAGCUACAUCUUGGAGGAAAGAAAAUUACCGGAACAAUUCCAUCAAUAAUAUGUCAACUCAACAACCUUACUUUCAUUGAUCUCUCCAACAACAACAUUUCAGGAACUAUACCAGUAAGCCUGAAAGAUUGCUCAAUGCUACAACAUUUGGACUUGUCCAAUAAUUCUUUGAGAGACCGGAUUCCAGGUGAGUUGUUCGGGAUGGAACAAUUACUCUAUUUGUAUCUUAAUGGUAACAUGUUGUCUGGUGAGAUGCCAAAGCAAAUAUCAGAAUCCGAACUAAAAUAUCUUAAUCUCUCUGAGAACUACCUGAACGGUUCGAUACCAAAAGAUAUUGGGAACUUGAAAAAUCUUGCGAAAUUGGACCUGUCACAUAAUUCUCUAAGUGGUUCAAUUACAAAUCAGUUGUUUCAGUUGCAUCAUUUGCGACACCUGUCACUAAGUUCCAAUUACUUGUCCGGUGUGAUACCUAAUGAAAUGGACUUGUUUAGUUUGUAUGACAUGGAUCUUUCUCAUAACCAAUUGACUGGUUCUAUACCAAAGGGAUUUUGGGAUUUACCUGGAUUGCAUACUCUUGAUUUGUCUAAUAAUCAAUUAUCAGGAGACAUUGCGGAAAAUAUAGAACAUCUUAGGCCUAGAAAUACUUUAAGGCUUUGUUCCAACAAAUUCUCAGGGAGAAUUUCUGCUGAAUUUGUUAAGCUAACACAUGAAGAGAAUUGCUUUGACGAGUCGAAUCUUUGUACUACAUCCAAGAACUUAUCUAUCUCUGGCCUACCAAGCUGCUCCUCUGGUGGUGAGGUUGGAAAUAUUUCGAGAUCAAAACACUUGAUUAUUAUAAUUCCUGUUGUAGGUGUUGUAAUAGCUAUACAGCUAAUAUGGAUCUUUUACAUGGUCAGAAAGCAUUGGGGGAAAAAGGAGUGCAUAUAUAUGCAAUUAGCAUGGAUCUUUUCGUUGAUCAGAAAGCGUAGUUCAAAAACAAAGAAGCAGAAUGUCAAAGAUGACUUGAAGUUUAUUUCAUUUCAAAAGUUGAAGGUGACUAUGGAAGAUAUUUUGUCUAGCUUGAAAGACGAAAACAUCAUAGGUAAUGGAGGAUCAGGUAAGGUCUAUCGAGUUGUGAUUGACCAAACAGGCAAUACUUAUGCUGUUAAAAGCAUAGGGCAUGGACAAAAAACAGGUGGAAGACCCCAAAAGGAGUUCCUGGCAGAAGUUAGAAUACUUGGUAGCAUUCGACACAACAACAUUGUCAAGCUCAUGUGUUGCAUAUCAAGUGCAGAUAGAAAGCUUCUAGUCUAUGAAUACUUUGAAAAACAAAGCCUGGACAAGUGGCUUCACAGAAAGAAACGAGCAGUAUCAUCUAGUCAAAGUAGUACCCCGGCCCUGGAUUGGCGAAGGAGAUUAAAUAUAGCCGUCGGUGCAGCUCAAGGACUCUGCUAUAUGCACCAUCAUUGCACUCGACCCAUCAUUCAUAGAGACAUAAAGUCCAGCAAUAUCCUUCUGGACUCCGAAUUCAAUGCAAAAAUAGCAGAUUUUGGACUAGCAAAAAUACUAGCCAGGCGGGAUGAUGAUCCUGAGACGGCUUCUCCUAUUGCUGGAACAUUUGGUUACAUUGCACCAGAGUAUGCCUCAACAUUCAAAGUGAAUGUAAAGACUGAUAUAUAUAGCUAUGGAGUGGUGCUUUUAGAAUUGACAACAGGGAGAGAAGCCAUUAGCCGGGAUGAGCAAAUCAAUCUAGCACAAUGGGCUCUACAGCGUUACAGAGAGGGGAAUUCCAUUCUCGAGGCCCUUGAUGAAGAAGUCAUGGAAAUAAGUAAUUUGGAACAAAUGAGAAGUGUUUUUAAACUAGGAGUGAUGUGUACUGGAGCAUCACCAUCUGGUAGGCCAUCAAUGAAAGAGGAUGCAAAAGCCAUGUGGACAUUUGUAUCAGACAGAUCAAUAUAUAGCCCCCUCAGCUACAUAUUUGAAAUUAAAACUAGUGAGACUUCUGGAGUUUAA